GCGGCGGGGAGAGAGGCCGGGCUCUGGCGGCGCCUCCGGGUUGGAAGUGGCUACUAUGGAGCAGAGCUACGGCGAGGUGAACCAGCUGGGCGGCGUCUUCGUGAACGGGCGCCCCUUGCCCAACGCCAUCCGGCUACGCAUCGUGGAGCUGGCCCAGCUGGGCAUCCGUCCCUGCGACAUCAGCCGCCAGCUGCGGGUCUCGCACGGCUGCGUCAGCAAGAUCCUGGCCCGCUACCACGAGACCGGCUCCAUCCUGCCGGGGGCCAUCGGGGGCAGCAAGCCCCGCGUCACCACCCCCAACGUGGUCAAGCACAUCCGGGACUACAAGCAGGGCGACCCGGGCAUCUUCGCCUGGGAGAUCCGCGACCGGCUCUUGGCCGACGGCGUCUGCGACAAGUACAACGUGCCCUCCGUCAGCUCCAUCAGCAGGAUCCUCCGCAACAAGAUCGGCAGCCUCUCGCAGCCCGGAGCAGCCCCCUCGGGCGGAGGAGGAGGAGGAGGAGGGGGGCCCUACGAGGGAGGGGGCAGCUGCAAGCACCCUGCUCCGCCGCAGCCCGCCCUGCCCUACAACCACAUCUACCAGUACCCUUACCCCGCCGCAGCCGCCAAACUGGGUAGCCACCCGGGGGUCCCGCUCUCGGCCGCCCACGUCAGUCUGCCCCGCUCCUGGCCCUCGGCCCACUCCGUCAGCAACAUCCUGGGCAUCCGCGCCUUCAUGGAGCAGAGCGGGGCUCUGGCUGGGACGGAGGGGCCUGCCUACCCUCCCAAACUGGAAGACUGGCCCAGUGCGAACAGAACCGCCUUCCCCGCCGCCGGGCAAGCGGUCAGCGCCCUGGACAAAGCGGCCGCGGAUACAGAGAUGAAAUACCCGCAGCCUGCGCCCGGCCUCUCGGCGGUGAGCCCCUUCCUCUCUCCCUGCGCCUACCCCUCCGCCAACCAGGCCGGGGUCUACGCGGGUCCUGGCGGCGGCGGCGGCGGCAGCUACCUGGGCCCGGCCCACCACCACCACCCCUGGCAGGCGCAGGCCCACCACCACGGGCCCGGCGGCGUGGGGCUCCACGGCGGAGGAGGGGGAGAGCUGCCCGCCCCCGGAGCUUUCAAGCACCCCGCCCGAGAAGCAGCCGGGGAUCGAAAGCAAGCCGCCAGCUCGGGGUCCAAGGCUCCCUCCGACGCCCUGGCCGAGCUCCACGGACUUUCAGUUCCAGCCUCCUCAUCUUAGAAGGGUGAAAGGCGGCCAAGAGCGCCUAGCAAGGCGAAGGAGACAUUUGCUUCGGAGGUUGGAAGGAGCCGGGGGAGCUUCCCCUUCCUCGCUGGGGCCAACAGGGGAGGACAGAAGCUGCUACUACUGCCGCGAGUCUGCGCAGUCCAGCGGGGGCCACGCGACGACCCCUUUCCCCGCGUCUUCGCCGCGCAGUCCCGCCCACGCGGGUGAGGCAGGAGCCGGAUUGGCGGACUUGCGUUUGAUUGACUGGACACGCAAAUCAGGCAGAGAACCAGCAAAGGGGUCGCCUUUGGAUGGACCAAACCGAAGGGCACCCCCAAUGAUGACCUUCGAAGGAGGUGCAGAGAAAUCUAAGUGGCACCUCCUCUCUAUCCAAGACUAUGAACAGCAACGACAAUAAUAGACAAUAAUGCCCUUAGCUUCUAUUACAGCCAGUUGGUACUAUUUUCCUUUAUUUCACGUGAGUUUAACUCAAAUUAACAUUGAAAUGAAAUACAGAUUGGGCAUCCCUUAUUUGAAAUGCUUGGGACCAGAAGUGUUUGGGAUUUCUGAUAUUUUCCCCAUGGUUUUGCAAAACCUGUGAUAGCAGAAAUUGACAUAGUAAGAUAUCUUGUGGAUGGAACCCCAGUCUAAACAGACUAAAUAUAUAGGCCCCUUCUACACUGCCAAAUAAAAUCAAGACCAAUUGCUUUGAACUGGACUAUAUUGCAGUGUAGACUCGUAUAAUCCAGGUCAAAGCAGAUAAUGUGGAUUUUCUACUUUGAUAAUCUGGAUUACAGAUUAUCUGGAUUACAGAUUAAACACCUGUGCCGGCAGGACUGAAGACCGACAGGUCACAGGUUCGAAUCCAGGGAGAGGUGGAUGAGCUCCCUCUAUCAGCUCCAGCUCCUCAUGCGGGGACAUGAGAGAAGCCUCCCACAAGGAUGAUAAAAACAUCAAAUCAUCCGGGCGUCCCCUGGGCAAUGUCCUUGCAGACGGCCAAUUCUCUCACACCAGAAGCGACUUGCAGUUUCUCAGGUUGUUCCUGACACGACAAA